UCCACUGAGGGAGGAGUGGAGAUCAAGAGAGAAGGAGGCCAACAGCACAUGCAUGAGACAAAAAAAAAAAGACAGUUUCAUUAUCUGAAAUUGGGAAUUAGAACAUUUUAAGUUCUUGGCUGAAAUCUGAAAAAAGAUAAAGAGAUUUUUAAAAUAUUUCUAACCUCUGUGUGGAGGUAUUGUCUCCAGAAUGUUCUCCCUGCUCUUGAUGUGUGUGUUUGGCCUCCUGCUGCGAGGUGAUGCCCAGGACCGGGCAUCUCUGUGGAGGGGAAACGACCAAAGUGGGCGAUGUCAGUACACUUUCACCGUACCCAGCCCUGUGGAGUCCAGCUGCCCACAGACCGGGGGCCCAGAAAUGGAGGGUCUGAAGGCCAGACUUGGCAUGCUUGAGGUGCUGGUGUCCCGGCUGACAGGUGGCCAGACUGGAGGCCCCCAGGCAGUCGGAGCCAGAGCUCAGUCUGAGCUUCAGGAGGCACUGAACCGGGCCAUGGGGGAGAGGAACCUGCUGCAGGGGGAGAAGGAGCGUCUGGAGAGGGAGUUGGGAGGGCUUCAGCACAGGAUGGCCGAGAUGAGGAGGGAGAUGGAGAAGCUGAGGAACACACCCUGUCCUCCACAGACUCCCAUAGUAUCACCCAACCCCUCAGUGCAGAACAGUGGCCCGGCGAGACCUGCUGGGGGCUCCAGUCAAAUGUCUCACCUGACGUCCAGGCCCAACAGACAAGGAGACAGCAGCAGUUUGAGAGACUCAGCGUGGCAGUACAGACAUCCAGGUUUCCAGGAGGUGAAGGCUGAGGUGACCGAGGUACCUGCUCCUGAUCGCUCUGAGGACAACACAGGUUGUGGAGAGUUGAUUUCUGUUGGAGAGCCAGUCAUUCACAAGAGAGCCGACAACAUAGCAGGUAAAUACGGGGUUUGGAUGCAGGACCCUGAGGCCAUUUCUCCUUAUGGACCCAGCAUGGUCUGGCGCAUUGACACAGUUGGCUCCGAUGUCAGGCAACUGUAUGGUUACGAGGACAUGGAACAACUCUCUAAAGGCUUUCCAUCCAAGGUCCUGCUGUUGCCAGAGAUGGUGGAGAGCACUGGUGCCACCAUGUACCGUGGCUCCCUCUACUAUCAGAGGCGGCGUAGUCGCACCCUCAUCCGCUAUGACCUUUCCACUGAGAGCAUAGCAUCUCGCCGUGACCUUCCCCACGCCGGAUUUCAUGGCCAGUAUCCCUACUCUUGGGGAGGCUACACAGACAUCGACCUGUCUGUGGACCAGCAGGGACUAUGGGCUGUCUACUCCACCAGCAAAGCAAAAGGAGCCAUUGUGAUCUCGCAGCUGGAUCCAAACACCCUGGAGGUGAAGAAGAGCUGGGAGACCAACAUCAGGAAGAGUGCAGUGGCCAACUCCUUCAUCGUCUGCGGAAAGAUGUACGCAGUAGCCAGCUAUUCUGCACCCAGCACGGUCAUCAACUACAUGUACGACACUGCAACCAGCCAGGGGAAGACCAUAUCCAUCCCCUUCAGGAACAAGUACCACUACAACUCCAUGAUUGACUAUAACCUGGCUCAGAGGAAGCUCUUUGCCUGGGACAACUUCCACAUAGUGUCCUACGACCUCAGGCUGGGUCGCAAGCAGGCCAACUGAGGCCAGCAUGAGUGAGUGUUGAAUAAAAAGUGACAUUUUCUCACCUUCUGUUCCUGCUUCAAAGACUCACAGCUUUAAAUACAAAUGUGUGUGGUAGCAGUUGCAGAAAAGCAAUUUUUACGACACAUCAUUAUCCAAGUGUAGGAAGGCCAAGCUACCAAACUCCUGAGAAGAAUGAAGAUGUUUGAGGAACAGUGUCCCCUGCAGGUCUACUUUUCUGUGGCAUGGUCCACAAAUAUGUUCUUAGAGGAAUUAUUUUUGUACCGCAUUUAAGCCAGAUGUAUUAUUUUCCUUCUUCUUUCUGUUAAGCUAUAUAACGUAUAUGUGACAUCUAAAUGAUGAAGCGUAGUUCACAACCUAAGCUCUUGUGGCAUAACACACUACUGCAUUUCGCUGGUCAUUAAUGAUCAAAUAAUGUUUUCUAUCUCUCACCAUUUAUAGAAUAUUGCAUGUACUUGUACAUUGUAGUCAACAUUGCUGAUGUUCAAACUUAAGAUGAAAUAAACUUGCUAAAUGACA